UCCCUUCUUUUUACCCUCCUUUAUUAUUGUCCCUCGGUGUUCCUGCUGAGGGUAUGAGGCACAGGUAAAUACAGGUGUGUGUACACGUGUGACUGUUGGCCGCGGGUCAAGAAACACUUGGGUGUAAGUCUGGAGUUUACCAGUUCCCGAAGUACACCUCCCCACCGCGAGGCACGGCCUUGUGCUGCAUGAAGUACUGUGUGCUCCAACAACAUUUAUUUGUUUUGACAAAUUACUUGAUUUUGACAUUUGCACAAGUUUAUAAGAAGCGAAAGGACAAUUUACAGUUUCACCCACCCAACGAUUUUCUCACGUGGUUCAUGUUUUGGUGGAGACAGGUUACUGCCCUUAGCAGUGGCAGCAGGCUACUAGCAGUCAGGUGAGGGAAGCAGAGUGAACACAGCAGCAGCAGCAGCGGCAGCAUGGUGGGCCGGCGGGGCAGACCCCCCAAGAGAAAGGUGGAGGAGCUGCAGGAGGACCUCGAUAUGAAGCCCAAGUCCAGCAAGGAGGCGAGGAUUGAAGCCAUCCCCCUUGAUGCAUCUGAGCCGGUGCCCCUGGCCCUCAUGACCCUUGGCCCGGACGUCUGGACCCACCAUGAGGCCUCCGAGGAGUGGAGUGAUGACCUCAUCACCCCCAUUUCCAAGGCUGAGGAGGGCGGGGAGAGCAUGCUGAGCCAGGGGAUGUGUUGGAAGGGCAUUCCCUAUCCGCCUUUAUCACAGGUGGUUCUGAGCUGCAACCGAGUGCCCAAUGGUGAGGCGUUUGACUGUGAGACGCAGACCCUGCACUUCAGCCGCGUGUCCAGCUCCACGGUGGUGAUGGUGCCGGACCCAAACACCACCGAGACUAUCAAGAUGGAGAUUGACACAGACCACCCAGAGAGGAAUGUGGCCCUGGGUUCUGAGCAGGAGGCAUUCAUGAACCUUCCUCUGGUGUGCUGUGUGGAGGGCUGUGGGGCGCGGUCUGACACGGACACCACCUCCACCUUCUACAUAGUCCCAGUGGGCCAGGACCGACCCCUCUGGGCCGAAACGCUAAAUAUUGUACCCGGUGUUGCAGCGGAUGUCAAGCAACACGUCUGCAGCAAGCACUUCAUUGUUCCCACAAAAGUGUUGUUUGCGCCCAAGAGCAAAACGAGGAAGAAAAAGACGUGUGAUAUGUUAGUAGCAGAGGAGGCAGAGAUAAUUAAACAAGGGCUGGCCUCAGGCAGGCCAAAAAGGACUCCAAAGCCUAACAAAAACUACAACUGGGCUGAAAUUGUGCCCCUUAUUAAGGCUGAACCCGAUGAGCUGGACGAGGAUGAGGCGAUUUACUUACAGGCCACUAGUGCUGUGAGCAAGGCAGGCGGCUCUGUCUUCAGAGCCAAGGAGGACAAGGAGAACAAGAGGCCAACUUCAGAUAUGGAGGGAGAGCCUGAGAAUGAAGAGGUGGAGGAGGAGGAGGAGGAAGAUUUAGAGAACAUCAGCAUGCCCAGUAACCCUCGCCCUCCCCCUCCCAAACCCAAGGGUCGGCCACACAGGAUAAGGGACUCGGGCACGCAGACGGAAGGUGAUGGUAAGGCGCCAAUAGCCCGACUUCCAUUGCGGGAGGUGAAGGUGCAGUGUAGCAUUGCCUCACAGCCCCCCAGCCCCUGCACCAGCUGUUCCUACCUCAACUGGCUCCGGCUGGAGGAGCUUCUAGCAGACUGUGCUGAUCAGGUAGAGGGGGACCUAUGUGCCUCACCAGUCCAGGAGUGCCUGAGGAAAGUGGUGGACAGUGUGCCUUACCCCACACACGCCACUAAUGUGCUCAAGCUGCUCAUCGGGGAGAAGAGGGAUGCCUUGGAGAACACAAGUGAUAUUGUUCUCGUGCCCAGCCAGGAGGACGAUGUGGAGAUUGAAAAUGUCAUCCACCCAGAAGUGGAGGAGCCCAUCACAGGGUUGAGGGAAAUCACUCCGAGGACCUGGCAGAAGAAGACCAAGUGGAAAAAGCCCUCAACAGAGGUGGAGCCAGGCAGGAAAGAGGAGGAGGAGGUGGACUUGGAUGGCCUUGGAAUCCAGGAAGCCACAGAGAUGGAUGACGAGGAAUUCCACCCAGGCUACCUUGAGGAAGAGGAGUCCGAGGAGGAGGAUGACCAGGGCAUUGAUGACGAGGACUGGACUAUUAAUAAGCCAGACCGAGACUCCAAGCCUAGUGUAAAGAAGAAGCCGAAGAAGUCGCCACAGCACACCAAAGUAAAGAAAGAACAGAUGGUGUCAGCUGGAGAGGGGGCCGGGGAAGGUGAGGGCAGCAGCACCAAGGAUGACGACGACUCCGCCUCCCCAGGAAUGCAGGAUCCUUCAGGUCGGCGGCGGCGGAAGGAAGGCGACACCCGGUGGAUCAGGAAGGCUCACUCCUGCACUGACUGUGGCUUGAUGUUCAGCACUCAGAAGAAGUUUGACCAACACUUCAAUCACAUGCACCUUGGCAUCGCUCCCUGGCAUGGAGAACACAAGUGUGACGACUGUGGCAAAGUGUUCACGCAGAAGAUCAGCCUCAACGUGCACCGUAUGUUCAAGCACGGGGCCCCGCGCCGCUACCAGUGCUCCCAGUGUGUGUACGAGGCGCCCACCAAGGAGUACCUCAAGCGCCACAUGAAGGUGCACACCAACGAGCGCCGCUACGUGUGUCCCCACUGCCACAAGGGACUCAAGACCGCAGAGUCCUAUCGCAACCACCUGGUCAUCCACACCAACAAGGGGCGCUUUGUCUGCCAGGUGUGCCAGAAGGCUUACAACCACAAGGGGGCCUACCAGGACCACAUACGCACUCACUGUGAAUACCGUGACUAUGCCUGCGACUACUGCGGUGCCGCAUUCAAGGCCUACAAACACGUGGCCCGGCACAUCAGAGCCGUCCACCUUAAUGACAAGCGGUUCAUAUGUGACGUGUGCGGGGCCCAGCACAUGACGGGCUUCAACCUCAAGUCCCACGUGAAGAAGCAUGGCGACCUCUCCUCCCUCCCCUAUGCUUACCAGUGCUCAAUAUGUGAGGCCAAGUUCAGAGGUCCCGAGGGUCGUGCUGUUCACAUGAAGGUCGUCCAUACCUCACCUUCCUCCCCAGCCAGCCCGAAGACCUCAGGAGGAAGCGUGAGUGUACCGAAGGGUGAUGACGGAGGAAGGCUUGUCUCCCCUCACCCAACCCGCCGCCCUGUCCAGUUCCACUACACCAAGAUAGCAAGGGAUGAGAGUGCUGUAGCAGGUACAGUAGGCAGGGAGGGUGAGUCCUUUGGAACCAUAUACCUUGACAACACAGAUGACUUCUAUCCCUAUGAUGGCAAGGAGGAUGAGGCUGUGGUGUAUGAAGUGUACAGUGCAGGGGAGGAGGAAGAACUGGAGGAACAGUAUGACAAAAUGGAGACAGAAAAGGCAUAUACACAAGGAAAGGAGCAGGAGGGCCAGGCAUCGAGUGGCCGGGACCGAGUGAUACAUGUGUACCCCUGCAGCCUGUGCCACAUCAUGUUCACCUCCAGGAGCGCCCUGGAGCAGCAUUACGAGACCUGUCAAGAGCGCCACGCGGAGAUCAAGGAGGAGCCGGAGAGUGCGGAGUGACUCGGUGCCUCUCCACACGUUGCACCCUGACACUCGUGCUCAGGCUCGCCUUUAUGCAGACUCAUGAUGAUAUGCAAUGCAACCUCAGUUUAGUGGACAUAACGCCGUGAUAAUAUAUCACUUAUUUUUUGAUCAACUUUAGUUGUAUCCUUACACCUGCCAGGUACAGAAACAUGUAAGACAUGGAAGUACAGGCAACCAUUGAUCGCUUAUUUGAACUUGAACUUUCCCUACAAAAAAUCUGUGUGUGAUCCUUUGUGAUUAGUUACUGGAUCUGUGUGUGAUGGGCGGGGCAGCCCUGUGAUCAAUGCUGCCCAGUGGUGGUGCAGACUCACGGUCGUGUGCUGCACAGGGGAGAGCCAUUCCUGCCCCGCUGUGCUGUCUGUCCACAGUGGAGUGUGUCCAUGCGCUGUGCUUCACCAGCCACAAAGUGUUUGUGUUUGUGUUGUAUUUAGUAACUAAUAAUGCCAUUAUGCCUAGCAAAAGUUUUUAAUUUAUUUCAUGAUGUAAUUUUUUUAAUAUAAUAUUAUAGUUCAUUUAAAUACUUAUUUCAUCUAUAUUCUCCUGAGUUUGGUUCGGGUUCUUAUAGGAUUAAAUCUUUAUUUUUGAGUGGCUAAGAAUCCUCCCAUGUAUUGCCACAAAACCGUCAGACCUUUGCAAGAUUGGCUGAAGUUGAGUAAAACAAAGACUAAAUUUGUUCAACAGUUAUGAUCAAAUUAAACAACAAGUCAUUCAAGAGGAAGCUUUACAAACAGUUAACUGAAAUGUAUACUUAGUAUAGUUGUUACAAACAAAUCAGUUUCUAGAAAACAAGGUACUAACAAUUAAUUAUUUAUUUAUUUAUUUAUUUUUCUACACUCUACCUUUAGUUUGAUGGGGCCUGCUGGUUGACCCCAGCCUGUAAUGCUGCAGGCAAUUGUUUUAUAGUGGUGCCAUCUUGCUUGGCUCAUGCUGCCUCCCAGAUCUCAUCUUUGAUCAUGUUUAGAGAGUUUAUCUAGAGUUUGGGUUGAUAGGUGGUCCUCAGGCUGGCAUAUGGGUAGUCUUAGACCAUGUGGCGAUGAUUGAAAAUUAGCGUGUAGCAGCGGGCAGGACUUAAACCAUGGUUCUCCAGGACACCACGCCCAUAUACAGACCACUCAGCCACCACCUUUCCAGGUGGUUUACACUUGAAAAUGUGGAAAGAGGGCGAUACAUCCAUUGCUGCUGCUGCUGGACUAGGAGUGGAAGGACAUUUAGUGUGCAGCAACCAUCACAUGCAAUGGAAAUGAAUAACAGUAGUGAGGAUUGUGGGUACGGGGGACUGUGGCCUUGGUGCAGCAGACAGCAGUGGCUCAAACACAUCCACUAAACUGAUGUUUUAUUGUAUGACUGCCUGUGUGUGGUGUGAGUGGGUCAAAGGACUGAAUGUGUUAUGAUUACUGAAGCUGAAUUCAUAAUGAAGGUCAGUUACCUACAUCAUUUUGCACGGAUUUGAAAGCAAAGGUUUAUGAGAUUCCAUGCUCACUUGAGGGAAAUAAAUAUUAUAUGCAAUACACAAUAGUACUUAAUUUUCCUC